UCUCCGGUGUAUAAAUAAAUGGCUUCCGCCCCAGGUGAGCCAAUUUCAAAUUCCAUCCAAGCGAUUCGGAAACCGUUAGCCGGAGAAGUAUCGGAGAACGCGUGACAGUAAUAUGACCAUCUCUUCUGCCAAUGACACGUCCGAAGGAAUCCGUGCUCUGGAGAAAAUUGCUCCUAUUGAGGCAGUAUUGUUUGACAUCGAUGGCACAUUAUGCGAUUCUGAUCCCCUUCACUACGAUGCUUUCCGUGUAAUGCUCCAAGAGAUUGGCUUUAAUGGAGGUGUGCCGAUUACCGAAGAAUACUUCAUUAGAAACAUUGCUGGGAAACACAAUGACGACAUCGCAGCUAUCCUUUUCCCAAAUGAUGUCCAGAGGGGUCUCAAAUUUACCGAAGACAAAGAGGCCAUGUUCAGAAGAAUAGCUAAGGAUAAACUGGAGCCCAUAAAAGGGUUACGUAAACUCACGGCCUGGAUUGAAAAUCAUGGACUUAAGCGAGCUGCUGUCAGCAAUGCUCCCAGACCAAACGCCGAACUGAUGCUCUCAGUCCUCGGACUGUCGGAUUUCUUCCAUGCUGUCAUCCUCGGAAGUGAAUGCACACGUGCAAAGCCAGCCCCUGACCCCUAUCUAAAGGCGCUCGAAGUGCUCAAGGUGUCGAAGGAGCACACAUGUGUCUUUGAGGAUUCUGUUUCAGGAAUACAAGCCGGUGUUGCUGCCGGGAUGCCUACAAUUGGGUUGACAACUCGGAAUCCAUCCGACCUAUUGAUGCAGGCGAAGCCCUCUUUCCUUAUCAAAGACUAUGAGGAUCCGAAACUCUGGGCUGCCCUCGAUGAACUAGAUAAGUCUUUCUAAUCCCCGAUGAUUUCUUUAUUAUCGAUUCAUGAAGUAAUAGAAUAACGACGAACAUGGUUCGCUAGAAACUCCAUUCGAUUCGUGCCGUGUGUUUCUGUGUUGUUUUAGUUGAAUAUUCGAAAAGAAAGUUUAGAGUAAGAAUGAUAGAGUGAAGAAGAUAGCCAUCAUCCUUUUCUAUUUAUUAUUAGAAUUCUUAUUACAUUACCUUAUAUUCUGCUCCAAAUAAAAUUCAUUUGGACUUC